CAAAUAGCCAUGCUCUAACUUCAGAUCGUGAAACACAGAAGUGUGAAUUGUCUAAAUUAUAAUUUUUAUUCAACUAAUUACCCACAUAUAGUACAGUGCUACAUCAGUGUUUCAGAUCGAAUUGUUAAAUGGUUUUUUUUUGUACCUUCCAUAAAAAUCGAAUCACAUUUCCGUUCGAAUUUACAUCAUCGUGUUUGAUUGGUAAUUCGAUAAAUGUUCAUACGGAGGAUCGCGUUUUGACCGUAUUAAUUACAAAAUUCUGUUUCUAUUUCUAAAUCUAUUGACGGUGUGACGUGACCACCGGAGAGACGACAGUAAUUUAAUUGAAUUAAAAUAUCAUUUGAAUUUCAAAUAGUUUCAUCGAACGAAUAGUAAAAGACAAAGAAUUCAAGUUGUGUAAAGUUCAUAUAAACGUAUUCGAAUUCGGACAUUCAAUCAAUGCUAACACAUUGUGGUUGACAAGAAUUUUUGAUUUGUUCAACACUUUAUUGGUCCUAACUUGGCGCUUCAUUUGAAUGAUUCAUAAUCGCGAUAAUCGAGUGUAAAUAAUUGGAUAAACGAGGCAAUAUCGAGAGGUUCUGUGUGUCGAGAAAAAUGGCGAUGACGGGAAAAAAUGUAGUCUCCGAAACCGGUGUAAAUUACCGCCAUCAGAACGGAUUAGUUCCCAAUCUUGCAACAGAAUCAGAUAUGUUGAAGUCACACGCAAACGGACACACUAAAAACGGACUCAAUGGUCAUGUCAAGCACAACGGCACCAAUGGAUAUCAUAACGGGUUUCAUGUGCAAAAACCACACAGCCAACAAUAUGAAACAUCCAAAGAGUCGUUUGAGGAGGUGCCUUUAAUAACUGCGUGUCUUACAUAUUUGGGCUUCUACGUGCUGAUGCUAAUUGGUUAUGUGAACAAGUUGUUCGUACGGCAAAAUUUCGAUAACGAAAAAAAUCGUGAUGGUUAUGUUCCACUAUACAACAGUUUCGAACGAUUCUAUAUGGCCUAUGUGUAUCGACGGAUUCGAGAUUGCUGGAAUCGACCGAUUUGUAGUUUGCCUGGAGCAUACGUUACACUGAAGGAUAGGAUAACUAAAGAUUAUGGAUGGACGUUCGAAUUCACUGGAACAGAGACGAAAUGCUUAAAUCUUGGUUCCUACAACUAUCUCGGUUUUGCUGAAAAUUCAGGAAUCUGUGCUGAAAAUCCAAUCAAAACCAUUCGUGAAUUCGGUCUGGUAUCGUGCAGUUCACGCCGUGAACUCGGCACAAAUAGCCUUCACGUCGAGCUGGAACAGUUAACCGCCCAGUUUGUCGGUGUGGAAGAUUCGAUUGUAUUUGGCAUGGGCUUUGCAACGAAUGCAUUGAAUCUGCCAGCAUUUCUGUCGCCCGGUUGCCUAGUGCUGAGCGACGAAAAGAAUCAUGCAUCGAUCAUAUUGGGAUUACGGUUGUCCGGUGCGAUAAUUCGUGUGUUCAAACACAAUAACAUGGUUGACUUGGAGAAACAGUUACAAAAUGCCAUAUACAAUGGACAGCCGAAGACUGGCGCACCGUGGAAAAAGAUUUUAAUUAUCGCCGAAGGUGUGUACAGUAUGGAAGGAUCCAUCGUCCGAUUGCCCGAAAUUGUGGCCUUAAAGAAAAAGUACAAAGCGUAUCUGUAUUUGGAUGAAGCACAUAGUAUUGGGGCAAUGGGACCGAGUGGUCGUGGUGUCGUUGAUUACUACGGUGUCGAUCCGAAUGAUGUAGACAUUCUGAUGGGAACAUUUACCAAAAGCUUUGCAUCAUCAGGCGGCUAUAUAGCCGGAUCGAAGAAAUUGAUAAAUUUUCUUCGCGCGAAUAGUCACGCCCACUGUUAUGCAUCCAGUAUGUCGCCCCCAGUUGCACAACAGAUUCUAACAUCGAUGAGAAUCAUCAUGGGACUGGAUGGAACAAAUGAAGGGCAGCGUCGAACAAAUCAACUAGCCCGGAACACAAGGUAUUUCCGACGAAGAUUGGCCCAGAUCGGUGUCAUCACAUAUGGCCACGAAGAUUCACCCGUUGUGCCAAUGUUGGUGUAUUUGUUCUCAAAGAUAGCAGCUGUUGUCCGUACGUUAACUAAACGAAAUAUUGCUGUCGUUGGUGUUGGAUUUCCGGCCACUCCGAUCAUGGCUGGACGGAUCCGAUUCUGUUUGUCGGCGUCUCAUACCAAAGAGGAAUUGGAUUAUGCCAUAAAAGUAAUUGACGAAGAGAGUGCUGCAUUAGGUUUAAAGUAUUCACGGAAACCACGUAGUCACGAUCCAAUAGAGUAUUAAAACACGUUUUAAUGUUACGGGUAAAAAACAAAAAAAAAACAAAAAAAAUAUUUUUUUAGAAGUUAAUCGUAAGUCACGCUGUCCUUAAAUUAUAUUUGAAAUGUUCAUCAAAAUUUUAGUUAGUUUAAGGAGCAAAAAGGAAACAAAGAACACGAGAAAAUAAUUUGUUUUUCCUCAGUCACACAGCAAAAA